CUAAAAAUAUUGUUAAACAAUCUGAAAACUCGCCAUCAAGCCUCACAAACUCUCUCUCUCUCUCUCUCUGUCUGGGAAACAUUAUCGUUUGUCUCGUAUGACAAAUAAUUCUUCUCAAAUGUGUGGCCAUGGGUUGAAAUCGAGAGAUGGAAGCACAUCCACAUUAAAUAAGCUCAUGAUUCACAUCCAUUUUAACUUCUGUUGUUACUUGUAAAUUGAGGAGUCGAUAAGUAGCGUGCCCACACAUCUCAACGCGAAGCUGCAAUAUUGGAUCAACCAAAUCGUCAUUCUUUAAAACAAACAAUGUCAAAUGUUGCAGCCACACCAUCACUUCCGAUUUUGGUGCAGAAUGCAAAACCCACCUCAGAAAACACUCGCCGUUGUGCAAAUUUUCACCCUACCAUUUGGGGGGAUUAUUUCCUUGACCAUGUUCCUGCCCUUAUGGAAGUGGAUGAAAUAAAGGAGGAGCAUAUUAGAAUAUUAAAAGAAAAAGUAAGAAAGAUGUUAGUUCUAGUAAAUGAUAGGGCCUUAACGCCUAAGGACGCUAACCUGAUUGAUUCAAUCCAACGCUUGGGAUUAUACUAUCAGUUUGAACACGAGAUUGAUGAUGUGUUGCAACAUAUUCACAGAAACUAUGUAGAAAAUGGCAUAAUAACCUUCAAUGGAGAUCUCCAUUCUAUUGCUCUUGUCUUUAGAUUACUGAGGCAACAAGGAUAUAACAUUUCGUCCGAUGUUUAUAAGAAGUUCAAGAAUGAACAAGGAAAAUUCAAUGACAGACUUGUUGCUGAUGUGGAGGGAAUGUUGAGCUUGUACGAAGCUGCCCAUCUCAGGAUUCACGGAGAAGAUAUAUUGGAAGAAGCUCUUGCAUUCACUUCUUCACACCUUGAGCUCAUGAUGACCACCCAAUUGUGUCCCUCUCUUGCCACACGAAUUAAUCAUAGCUUAAAGAGGCCACUUCGCAAGAACCUGCCAAGGCUAGUGGCGAGGCAUUACAUUUCUACUUACGAAAACGACCCUUCUCAUGAUAAAAAUUUGCUAUUACUUGCCAAGUUAGAUUUUAAUAUGCUUCAAAGGCAACAUCACAAGGAAAUUAGCGACAUUACAAAGUGGUGGAAAGAUUUGGAUUUUGCAACAAAAUUGCCUUUUGCACGCGAUAGGAUGGUAGAAGCUUACUUUUGGAUAUUAGGAGUGUAUUUUGAGCCCCAGUACUCCCUUGGUAGAAGGUUAAUGACCAAGGUGAUAUCCGUGACAUCAAUAAUUGAUGAUAUAUACGAUGUUUAUGGUACAUUAGAAGAGCUACAACUUUUCACGGAAGCAAUCAAAAGGUGGGAUAUUAGCUGCAUGGAUUUUUUACCAGAGUACAUGAAAAGUUGUUAUGAAGCUCUCAUGGAUGUAUAUAAGGAAAUUGAGCAAGAAAUGAGCAAAGAAGGAAGAGCAUCUUUCGUGACCUAUGCCAAAAAUGAAAUGAAAAGAUUGGUCGAGGCCUACUUGGCUGAGGCAAUAUGGUUUAAUAGCAAUUAUAUACCAACAAUGGAAGAAUACAUGGAUGUUGCACUAGUGACUUCAGCUUACCGUAUGCUCAUAGCAACAACCUUCCUUGGGAUGGGUAGUAUUGCUACAGAAAAGGCCUUCCAAUGGUUAAUUAAUUACCCUAAAAUUGUGAAGGCUUCAACAAUUAUUUGCAGACUCAUGGAUGAUAUAGUUUCCAAUGAGUUUGAGCAGAAGAGAGGGCAUGUUGCUUCGGCCCUUGAGUGCUACAUGAAGCAACAUAGUGUCACAAAGCAAGAAGCCAAUGAUGAAUUUAAUAGACAAGUGACAAGUGCUUGGAAGGAUAUCAACGAGGAAUGCCUUGACCCUACUGAAGUGCCAAAGCCUCUCCUCAUGCGAGUCCUCAAUUUAUCUCGUGUGAUUGAUGUUCUUUAUAAAGAUGGAGAUUGCUACACCAACUCCAAAGGAUCAACAAAAGAUGACGUUGAAGCCCUCCUCUUGAAUCCAUGGCCAGUAUGAGAAUAAGGGUUUUCCCUUUUGAACUGCCUUAAUACACAAUAUUGCCAUAUAUGUUCACUUUGUUGUAAAAGUAAUAAUAAAAACACAAAUGAUCAAAAGUGUGGUUUCCUAUGACACAAGUUGGAGUUUCUUCGGAACAAAUGUGAGGUAGUUAAAACCAAAUCAAAUUCUAAUUGGAUGAAAUUUCCCAAAACAAAUUAUAAAUCAUGUAAAAGUUUCUUGAUUAUGAAAUUCCAAUUAAAUUAGGAUAAAAUAUGUUGUGAAUACCCAUUUUAAAUAAAUACUUAUUACACUUUCCUUGGAGUUUUAUU